CUUGAGCGCGAUAUCUCGAUAGCGCCCUGAGGGAAUUUCCCCAAAUUUAGCACAAACAAAAUUCUGUUGAAUUUGUUAAUUAAUUAAUUUAUGAUUAAGUCAUAUUUACCUAUUUUCUUGCAUUUUUUGUAGCUAACGAUGUGCAAUAGGCCUUUGUUUUUAUUUUGUUUUUUCUAAGUCUCUGUAUAUACGUGUGUUUAUAUGGGUACAUGUUUAUUUUAUUUUACUAUUGUCUGCUAGGCUCUGUGGAAGUUAGCAUGCUAACGAAAAACAAUAAAAAUAAUAAAAUAAAAAAUUUAAAAAAGCUGAAAGGUGAAGGUCACAUGUCAAGGUCACAGAGACUCAUACAACAUGGUUUUGGCCGUAACUCAAGGACCCUCAAGAACCACCUUGAGUCUGCGCCGAUUGUCGAGACCUCCCGUGUGUGAAGCGUCCGUGUUUUCACAGAAAUGGAAACAAACUGUAGGCUCAACUUGCGUGGUGAUCGGAGGCAUAAAACCGCGUGGCGAUAUAUAUAGUUUGAGACUUAUGGUGUCAAAAAAUCAAAUUUCCUGGAACGCCAUCUCCGACUCUUCAGGCUUUAUAGACGCGUUUCCAUCAGAGCCAAACUCCUCUCCUCAGUCACUUUUUUUGGUGUUUUUUUAAUGCCGUAUUCACCUGUGGAUCUUCCUCCAUCUGUUUGUCAGAACAAACGUCUCGGAGCGCUAAACAAGUUCAAGUCAAAGUCUCGGUCGGUGCUGCUGGCGACCGACGUGGCGUCCAGAGGACUGGACAUUCCUCAUGUGGACUGCGUCAUCAACUACGACAUCCCCACCCACUCCAAGGACUACAUCCACAGAGUCGGACGAACAGCCAGAGCAGGACGCUCCGGAAAGUCCAUCACUUUUGUGACUCAAUAUGACGUGGAGCUUUUCCAGCGAAUCGAAAGUCUGAUCGGGAAGAAACUUCCGGCCUUCCCCACGCAGGAAGAGGAAGUGAUGAUGUUGGUGGAGAGGGUGAGCGAGGCCCAGAGAUUUGCCAGACUGGUAGGUCAUCACUUUUUUUUUCACAUUUUACCUCAACCACAUGACAUAUUUAACAGAUACUUCAAAGUUACUGUUGACAAUUUCAGCUCUUCAACCACUUUGAUGUGGUGUGGUGUCCCACAGGGCUCAGUACUGGGCCCAGUUUUAUUCCGUUUGUAUUUAUUACACCUUACCAUUGUUUCGUUGAUGGUUUCCAGCUCUGACGAUGUUGUUUUACCUUAG